CCCCGCCGCCCCGCCCCCUCCCCACGGGUUUGGCCCUCUCGGGCCGCCGUCGCGACGGGUAACGGCGUCUCCGUGGCCUUGGCGCCUUCCGCGGGGCCGGGCUGCCCGGGGCGGCGGCCUCCCGUGCCUCUUUCGCGGCGGUUCCUGAAGGCCCGGGCCGCCGACCAGCGAUGUCGGAGGCGAGUGGGAGCGGUGAUCUGUCCUCCUCGUGGAGCUCGGGCGCGGAGCUGCCGUCCACCUCACGCAACGGCGCCGUGCCCCAGCGCACGCAGCCGCGGCUGUCGAGCCGCCCGCCGGCCUCCGGGGACGAGGGAGAGGAGCCGGAGGCGUCAGGCGAGAGGCCCACGCAGCCGGAGGGCGCCGGCGAUGAGCGCAGCAGGAGGAUGAUCCGGAACCAGUACCGGGAGCUCAUAUACAACGUGCAGCAAAAUCGUGAGGAUAUGCUGAGUUCAAAAAGCAACAGACUGACAGAAGCUUUGGAAGAAGCCAAUAAACUGUUUAGUGGAGUUUCCUGUGCACGAGAGGCUGUGCUGGAUGCCCAAUUUCUUGUCUUAGCAUCAAAUCUAGGCAAGGAGAAGGCCAAUGAGUUGCACUCUGAGAUGACAGCAUUUGAUUCACUAGCAUUUGCAGAAGACUUGCUAACCUUCAUGGGUAUAAAUCGCAUAGAAGUAGAAGAUAAUGAUAGUGAUUCUGAGGGCAUCUCAGGUGGCUAUUUGCCUAGUAAUGCCUGGCAGAAACUGGGAGAAGAAACAGAAAAGUAUUUCAGAAGAGCACCUUCUUUUCACUAUAUGUUGGGAUCUUUCAAGUCUGAUCCUCCUGUACCAAGGCAACGGAUUGAGAGGCAGAAAAAGGCUACAGGAGGAGAAGAAAAACGGGCAAUGCCUGCUCAGUUAAAAAAAAUGGAGGAGUCUCACCAGGAAGCUACAGAGAAAGAAGUAGAGAGGAUUUUGGGAUUAUUGCAAACUCAUUUUAAAAAUGAUCCUGAUACACCUAUUUCCUUCUUUGACCUUGUGAUUGAUCCAAACUCUUUUGCACGCACUGUGGAAAAUAUCUUUCAUGUGUCCUUCAUUAUAAGGGAUGGUUUUGCAAGAUUAAAGCUGGAUGACGAUAAAUUGCCAAUAAUAGAGCCUUCAAAAGAUAACGAGGGAAGGGAGGAUGACCGUGGUGCUGGAGCACGGAACCAGGUUGUCUUAUCUCUGAGCCAUCAAGAAUGGAAGGAGAUCGUAGAAACAUAUGAAAUAACAGAACCCAUGAUUAGCCCUCCUUGUCAAAGAAAUGAAGAUGAAAUGGAGAUACCUUAACUCUUCAAGUGCCUUAAAGAAAAUAUUUUAAAAUGUUUCCUUCAGAGAAGAUUUUAUAUGUAUAUAUUGUAAAAUUAAAUUUAUUUUUAUUGGAACAUUGUGACACUUAUAUAUAAGCUGUAUUGUUUAUACAUGUCACAGGGUUAUUACCGUAUACUUUCUAUUUAUUAUGGCUAUGUUUACUACUUUAUAUAAGCUUACUGACACUUGCAAGCACUAAAAAGGAAAUGCUGUCCCCCUUCUUUCAUCCCUUGUCUCUCAGCAAUAGCAGCCUGUAAGUGGAAUUUACAUGAUUAGCCACCUCUGCUCUGAGAAUCUGAUCUAGAUGAUCUUGGGUGCCGCAGGAGAAACUUGAUAUUAUCUUUCUGUUCUUACUCUUCUGGAAAUCAAGGUUUGACUUUAGAAAUUUGGUCUCAAUUACAGAUAAAAAUUCUUCCUUCCUCUUCUCUUUUUCCUAAGUCCAUCAUGUGUAUUGGUUUCGUAACUUAGGCAGGACAGCUCUCUUAGGCUGUGGAAGUAUUUUCUUCA